GGUGGCGGUGAUUUACCGCACCUUCACUGGGAUUACGGAAAGAAAGGAGGAGGCGAGAAAACACACCGAAUUCCCCUGUGUAAAGGACGCGAUAUGUAUCCACAAGGCCGGCAUCCGGCACCUCACCAGCCAGGGCAGCCUGGCUUCAAGUUCACAGUGGCAGAGUCCUGCGACAGGAUCAAAGACGAAUUUCAGUUCCUGCAGGCCCAGUACCACAGCCUUAAAGUGGAGUACGAUAAACUGGCUAACGAAAAGACAGAGAUGCAGCGUCACUACGUCAUGUAUUAUGAGAUGUCCUAUGGGCUCAACAUUGAGAUGCACAAACAGACUGAGAUCGCCAAACGUCUCAAUGCAAUUCUGGCUCAGAUCAUGCCGUUCUUGUCACAAGAGCAUCAACAGCAGGUUGCUCAGGCUGUUGAACGGGCCAAGCAGGUGACGAUGACUGAGCUAAAUGCGAUCAUCGGGGUACGUGGACUUCCCAAUCUGCCUCUCACUCAGCAGCAGCCGCCUCAUAACGUCUACCCAGCCUUCAUGCAGCAGCAGCUUCAGGCUCAGCACCUCUCUCACGCGGCCCACGGCCCGCCAGUCCAGCUGCCCCCACACCCCUCGGGCCUGCAGCCGCCCGGCAUCCCACCUGUGACGGGCGCUGGCUCCGGCCUGCUGGCUCUGGGUGCUCUUGGCAGCCAGGCCCACCUGCCUGUAAAGGAUGAGAAGAACCACCACGACCUGGAGCACAGAGGCCCCUCAUCUUUUCACUCGCCCCUGGCCAAUCCUCUGAAAGAACGCGAGUCGAGCACGAAUAACUCGGUGUCGCCAUCAGACAGCCUGCGCGCAGCGAGUGAGAAGCACCGCGGCUCUUCAGAUUACAGCCUCGACUCCAAGAAACGCAAAGUGGACGACAAAGACAGCAUGAGCCGAUAUGACAGUGACGGAGACAAAAGUGAUGACCUGGUGGUGGAUGUUUCCAAUGAGGAUCCAGCCACCCCUCGAGUCAGCCCCGCUCACUCUCCUCCGGAAAACGGCCUGGAUAAAUCACGAGUCCUGAAGAAGGACGCUGCCCCCAACAGCCCCGCCUCCGUCGCCUCCUCGGGCAGCACGCCGUCCUCCAAAGCAAAGGACCACGCCCAUAACGACAAGUCGUCUACACCGAGCCUGAAGUCAAACACACCAACACCCAGGAACGAGGCACCAACACCAGGAACCAGCACCACUCCAGGACUACGGCCUCUGACGAUGGGCAAACCCCCCGGCAUGGAGGCACUAGCCGCCCCAGCUCUGCGUACACCUCUGUCCAUCGCGGGUUCCUACGCCUCCCCGUUUGCUAUGAUGGGUCAUCACGAAAUGAACGGAUCACUGACGAGCCCAGGCGUCUACCCGGGUCUCAUUUCGCCACAGAUGAGUGCUGCAGCUGCCGCCGCUUAUGGACGCUCACCGAUUGCGGGGUUUGACCCUCAUCCUCACAUGAGAGCUCCGGGCCUGCCGGCCAGCCUCACAUCCAUUUCUGGAGGAAAACCAGCUUAUUCUUUUCACGUGAGUGCAGAUGGUCAGAUGCAGCCUGUGCCCUUCCCUCCUGACGCACUGAUCGGCCCAGGCAUCCCACGCCACGCUCGCCAGAUCAACACACUGAGCCACGGGGAGGUGGUGUGCGCUGUCACCAUCAGCAACCCAACACGUCAUGUCUACACCGGCGGCAAGGGCUGUGUCAAGAUUUGGGACAUCAGCCAACCAGGCAGCAAGAGCCCAGUGUCCCAACUCGACUGCCUGAACCGGGACAAUUACAUCCGCUCCUGCAAGCUGCUGCCUGACGGCCGCACCCUAAUAGUGGGUGGCGAGGCCAGUACGUUGACCAUCUGGGACCUGGCCUCACAGACGCCCCGCAUAAAGGCCGAGCUCACUUCCUCUGCUCCGGCGUGCUACGCACUGGCCAUCAGCCCCGACGCCAAGGUCUGCUUCUCCUGCUGCUCAGAUGGAAACAUCGCCGUGUGGGACCUCCACAACCAGACUCUCGUUAGGCAGUUCCAGGGCCACACAGAUGGAGCCAGCUGUAUCGACAUCUCCCACGACGGCACCAAACUGUGGACCGGAGGGCUCGACAACACGGUCCGCUCCUGGGAUCUGAGGGAGGGACGGCAGCUCCAGCAACACGACUUUACCUCACAGAUCUUUUCGCUCGGUUACUGUCCCACUGGAGAAUGGCUGGCUGUGGGCAUGGAGAGCAGCAAUGUGGAGGUGCUUCACCACACCAAGCCUGAUAAGUACCAGCUGCAUCUGCACGAAAGCUGUGUCCUCUCACUCAAGUUCGCCUACUGUGGUAAAUGGUUUGUCAGCACAGGGAAGGACAACCUGCUGAACGCGUGGAGGACUCCGUACGGUGCCAGCAUAUUCCAGUCGAAGGAGUCGUCCUCCGUCCUGAGCUGCGACAUCUCAGCAGAUGACAAAUACAUCGUGACAGGAUCCGGUGACAAGAAGGCCACCGUCUACGAGGUCAUCUACUAGAGAGGAAGGAGGCUCCUGCUCUGCUUCAGCACUUCGACGAGAUGACUUUUACUUUCCCGACUGACCGUCUGUGGACUACAACAGAGACAAACGACACAUUUGGAUCUUACUUGUUGGAUAUCUAUGGAGCUGUUGUCUGAAGGAUUCUUGCGCUGGAACUAUUUUUUCUGUCCUUUUUGUUUUGGAGGGUUUAUUUUUUUUGGGUUACACUUUUUUUUUGUGAUUUCAAAUUUUUUUUUUUCCCUUGAGAAUUUUUGGGCGUGACCGGAUGAAGCGGCGCUUCAUUUCUGAUAACCUCGUUCCCCCAGACGUCUUGUGAAAAGUGUACAUAUCGGAUUAAAUAAAAGACAUUUUAUAUAUAAAAAUAUAUAUAUUUUCAUGUCCUGGGUGUACUUGUGAGGAUUUUUUUUUUUUUUUUUGGACCCACUCUGUCUGAUGCCAUGAUAUUUGAGUGGGAGAGCAGAACAUAGAUUAGGACUUUUUAACAGUUUGAUUUUCUUAAAGCACAUUCUGCGCGCUGAUCUUUUCAGAAAUAAACCAGAGGAGCAUGAAACUUGUAAGUAGGACGUUUGGAGGAGAUUUUUAAAAUGGCCUUUUGUCACAGUGCUCUUACCGGACGGAGAAAACGUGGAGUCCUCUGACUCUGGCAGAGCCUCGGCUGGUUUGGACCACAGUGGGACAGAGCGGGACAUUAUGAUUCAGAAACAGAUGGAUGUAAAUUUCAUUCAUAUAUAUAAAAAAAUCCCUUUUUAAAGUGUUCUUCUCAGUCUGUGCUAUCUUUCUCCCUGUUUGUUUUACCUUGUUAGAUUUUGGGAGAUGGGGGACGUUUAAUGUUUAGUCUGACCCUUGGACCUCAAUUGGCAGCAGAAGCACUGCAGCAGGCACAAACUGGACGACAAUGUGCUUUUUGCUAAUGUGACGUAACACGGAUGUCGAGUCGCAUCAUCGACGUCUUGGCUACAGACUAACGGUUCAAUCUGCGCUAUUGGAAUCCCUCUGCUCUUUGUAUCUAAACAGUAUUUCUGGAACAUAUUUGGUUGGCAGAGACGUGUAAAUGCUCCUGAGGACAGAGGGGAUGGCACUUCAAAAAUAUAAACACAUUUUAGUAUAUCCAGUGUCUCCCAUGUUAAGACAACAGAGAAUAAUCCUGGUUUGUACACUGUGCUCCUGAUCCUGUCAGCAUUUCCCACAAGAAAAUUUAAAGGGCCGAAAUGCGCCCGGUCCCUCUGGAUCACACCAAAGUAUGUAGCAAAUGCUGUCAGCACUGAAAAGAGAUGUACAGUUGUUAAUAAAUCAAUAAAACAGUUUUUGUA